AUGCACCCUCAACAAGCCAUCAACACGCUCUCCCUCCUCUCGACACCCCCCUCGGCGGACCCCCACUCUGCCGAGUCCAUCUCGAUCAUGCUCCCCACCUCGCUCUCCGAGUCGUCAUCGACCUCGACGACCCAAGCUCUAGGCAACCCCAAUGCGCAAGCGUUCUGGCUGAACGCGAGCAAAACGAUCGAUUGGGUCAAGUCACCGAGUUUUGCGUAUGGUCAAGUCGGCCGAGGACAGGAGGUCAGUUGCAAUUGGGUUCGCUCGGUCGCACGGUCAAACUUUAAACUUCAACGGUCACCUGGUCGCACGGUCGCUCGGUCGCACGGUCUGGGUGCGGCGGGUCUUGGUCGCCCCCACCUCGGUUCGCUCCCUCGGCCGCGGUGCGAUGCGGGGUAGCCGCGUGCCCCACAUUCGCACUCGAGCUCACUUCGGAGUGGUGCACUCACAUCGGCGGCAUGUCACCAAAAGUACUGCAGAACACUGAAGCUCACCUCGCCCCACAGCGACCAACCUGGUUCCCGGACGGCGAGCUCAGCACAUGCUACAACGCCCUCGACCGCCACGUCCAAGCCGGUUUCGGUUCUCGCCCCUGUCUCCACCACGUAUCUCCUCUCCCACCGCAAACGCGCUCGAGCAGGAGCAUGACCUACGCCGAGGUCUUGGCAGAGGUCAAGACGCUUGCUGGCGUGUUGAGACACACCUUGGGCGUCAAGAAGGGGGAUCGGGUCAUCGUCUAUGUGAUUGAUCGGUCUCGAGUCUGAGCAGUGGGGGGACAGCGCCAUGCGGGGCCGAUGGAGAGGGGCUUCAUUCCAGACCAGUGCCGUCCGACUACUAUGUUUGCUGACGCCGAAUUUAUUUACUCUCGGCCACAAUCCCAUGUAGAUGCCCAUGGUAUUGGAAGGCGCAAUCGCAAUGCUGGCCAUUGCUCGGAUAGGCGCGAUCCAUUCCGUCGUCUUUGGCGGAUUCGCUCCCAAAGGUAUAGACCAAAACCUAUCUCCUCCUCCCUCUUUCUACUGUAACCAUAUAUGGCCUUUCUGACCCUUACAGAACUUGCCAAACGAAUUGAUGAUGCCCAACCCCGCGCCAUCAUCGCCGCUUCCUGCGGUCUCGAACCCAAAGGCGUUCUCGACUAUUCGACCUUCGUGUCCCAGGCCUUGUCCCAUUCGACGCACAAGGACGCUAGGGUGUUGAUGCUUCGAAGAGAAGGUAUCAAGGACCAUCAAGCGCCUGGGCUGGGCAAGGGGAGCUAUAGAGGUUGGUUGGACUGGAAGAGCGAGAUGGAGGGAGUGAGGAAAAGUGGCAAGGGGGUGGAAGAAUGUGUUGCUGUCAAAAGCAGGUGAGUUGGAGUGCUUGUGAUACACUGACUCGGAAAGCUGAUUCGGGGCCAUGCUCUUCCUCGUAGUGACCCGCUUUACAUCCUCUACACGAGUGGUGAGUACACUCCCGGUCUUUGUCGGUCGCUUCAUCGAGCCCAGACUGACGGACACAUUUUACCCAAACAGGCACGACCGGAAUGCCGAAGGGUGUCGUGCGUUUCGUGAGUCCCCCAUGCUUUCACACUCGAAAACUUUGACAUCUGAAUCUGAAAAAACUUUUUCCUUUCCAGAACGGAGGCCACGCCGUCGCGUCGCGCUACACGAUGGAACACACCUUCGGCCUCAAGCGCGAGGACACGAUCGCCUGCUUCUCCGACUACGGUUGGGUCGUCGGCCAUUCGUUCUGCGUCUACUCGCCCAUGCUGGUCGGAUGUGCUUCAGUUAUCUUUGAGGGAAAACGUGAGUUGAGACGAGGGCGUGUUCAUGUUGGGGUGCGUGUUGGGGUCGGAUGCGCUGAUCAUGGGGUGAGAUAUCCGGGUGUUUCGCAGCAAUCUUGCCUGAUGCGGGAAUCUUCUGGAAAAGUGAGUAUGGAUCGCGCUUCUAUCAGCCUUGGCAGAUUAGCCAGAUCUGAUAAAAAAGCGAUUCGAUGUCACAGUCGUCGAAACGCACAAAGUCAACUGUGUGUUCACCGCCCCGACGGCGCUCCGCGCGAUCCGUCGCGAAGAUCCCGACGCGACCCACAUGUCCAAAUACGACCUCUCCUCGCUCUGUUCACUGUUCCUUGCAGGCGAACGUUCCGAACCGAGCAUCAUCUCGCGCUACCAAACCCUCUUGACCCAAUACGCCGCCCCGGGAGCGAUCGUGAACGACAAUUAUUGGUCAACCGAAUCCGGAUCCCCGAUCACGGCUUUGCAACUCAAUUCGGUGUUCCCUCCACUGGCGCCGAGACCCGGGAGUGCCGGGUUGCCUUUGCCUGGAAUGGAUGUGAGGAUUGUCGAUGAUGAGGGGAAGGAAGUGAAGCGAGGGGAGAUGGGCAACAUCGUGUUGGGCCAGCCGUUACCUCCUUCGGCCUUGGGGACGGUGUGGAAGAAUGAAGCGAGGUUCCAAGCGUGGGUCCCUUCAGGCGAAUACAACCUUGAUUUCAAGAUACUCAUGCAGCUAGUAUCGGGGCGGGAUGUCACAGAGCUUAUUUCGACCGUUUUCGCGGCAAAGGCGACUACUUCGACACGGGCGACGCGGGCGUGAUCGACGCACAGGGGUUUGUCUCGAUCCUCUCUCGCGCCGAUGAUCUCAUCAACGUUGCGGGUCAUCGCUUGGGGACGUCGUUGUUGGAACAAGGUGCGUUGGGUGGAACUGUGUUGAGAGUUCGCGUGGCAGAAGACUCCACACUGACUCAAACAAGCCGACCCUCGCACAGUCGUCUCCUCGCACGACUCGAUCGCCGAAACCUGCGUGGUCGGUCUCCCCGACUCGGUCAAAGGUCACGUCCCCUUCGCCCUCGUAACCCUUUCCACUUCCGCCGCAUCCUCCCCACCUUCUCCCGCCUCUCUUCUGAAAGCAAUCAACACCCUCAUCCGAACGGACAUCGGUUCGAUCGCCACAUUCGGUGGCCUCGUCAUCUCCCCACGACUCCCUAAAACUCGUUCGGGCAAAACGCUCCGAAGGACAGUGAAGGAGUUGGUGGAAGCUGCUGCGGAAGCACAGUGGGAUAAGAAGGUCGGUUUCCCACCAACGAUUGAGGAUGAGGCGGUCGUGGAAGAGGUGAGAGGGGUUGUGAAUGGGUACUUUAAGAAGGAUGCGAAAGGGGUCAAGGCGAAGUUGUAG